AUGGAUCCCAUCUCCACCGCAGCGAGUGUCCUAACGUUACUAGGCGCGGCUGCAGGCACGAUAAAAUUCAUUCACGACAAAAUAAACUCGAUCGUCGAUGCUCCUGACGAUAUCAAAAGGCAAAGUGAGCGACUUGGACACCUUUCCAUAACACUUGCUAGUGUCGUUCAUGCAUGCGAACAGCUUCCCGACGACUGUCAGUUGACUGUGGAACUACGUGGGAUAGGCGAGCUCAUCGAAGUUGCCAAGUCACUGAAGGCCAAACUCAUCACCAGAGAGAGUCGCAUGAAGAAGAAUAACUUCGACAAAAUUUACGAAAGCUGUAAAUGGCUGCUGGCAGAUCGGCAGAUCAAGCGCUUCUUCGACUCACUGGAUCAAUGGAAUACCAUUCUCCUCCAGACUCUCGGGGUUAUCCAAGUGUUGGUCAACCACCUUCCAUUCGAUCCCUGUUAUUAA